UUCCUCUUCCUCUUUCUUUCUUUCUUUCCUUCCUGUCUGCCUGCCUGCCUGCCUGCCUGCCUGCCUGCCUGCCUGCCUUCCGUCCUGCCGUUCGAGUUUUCCAGGUAAAUCUAUGCCUUCAUCCUACACUAUACAAAGACUUUGACUUAUUUUUCCUAUGAUUUUUGGGAAUAAAGGAUUAAUAGAACUCGAAGGCUUGGCAUUUCGAAAAAAGUUUAUUCUAUCCUUCGAGGAAGAAUUUCGUUUUAUAUUCAAUGGAAUAAGCAAAGAGAAAGUGGAAUAGAGAAAGGAAAGAAUGUUGGAAAUAUUAUAAUCGCAUAAGUGCAUUUUUCAAGUAGGGUGCAUGUGCGCAUAAGUGUUACCGUCAUAAGAAAAAAGGUGUCGUGGUUUACGAGACGGAAAGAAGAAAAUUGAUUAAUCAAAAUGCACACGUUGUUCGGGGAACAAAAUGCUUAUUAUCGUCACGCGAGCGCUGUACCCGUUGGUAUGGGCACUGCAUCCUAUCCAGGUGUGGGCGUGGGUGUGGGCGCUGCUCCAGGUUAUUACGAGCAAUAUCGAUACAGUGGAUAUGCGACGGCUGCUGGUUAUCCCGUGUCCGGAAUAACGCAGCAACACAUUCACCAUCCGGGUAAGGACAUGGUGAAACCCCCUUAUUCGUACAUCGCUCUAAUCGCAAUGGCAAUUCAAAAUGCUCCGGACAAGAAGAUCACUCUGAACGGUAUUUAUCAGUUCAUAAUGGAACGUUUUCCGUACUAUCGCGAGAACAAACAGGGCUGGCAAAACUCGAUUAGACACAAUCUCAGUUUAAACGAGUGUUUCGUCAAAGUGCCGCGCGACGAUAAGAAACCAGGCAAGGGUAGUUACUGGUCGCUCGAUCCGGACAGUUACAACAUGUUCGACAACGGUUCUUACUUACGUCGCCGGAGGAGAUUUAAAAAAAAAGAUGCUCUGAAAGAGAAGGAGGAAGCGUUAAAGAGGCAGGGUCUCCUGACGGAGAAACGAGGACUGCAAUCGCAACAGGAGGACGUAAAGUCGAGCAACGGCGGCGGUGGUGGUGGUGGUGGUGGUGGUAUCGUAAACCUCGCGCCAUCGAUAGAAACGACAACGACGACGGCGGCGGCGGCGGGUAAUACGACCGGGUUGUGCAAACCAAAGAGAGAACCGGUGAACGAUCAUUGCAUGGCCGUGCAUAGCAAGUAUGGUCUGCUCCAUAGCCCGAUACAGCAAGACACCAAGACUACGGUUACAGGCGUGGUCGUGGCAAACGUGCCAUCUCACCAGAGCCAGAGCGUCAUUCAAACGGCUCUCGGAAGCCAGGUUCAUCAGGGUCAUCACCAAGUACAUCAAGAAACAGGGAUUCCGGAUGUCUCGAUGGUUGGCCUAGAUCCCGGCGCGUUUAGCGUCGACGCACUCAUGACGACGCGAGAAAACGCUCUGAUGAACAACCGCGUCGACCAAAGCACCGGUGGCGGCGGUGGCGGCGGUCAACAUCCGCAUGCUCACGCUCACACCCAUGGCCACGCUGCUCAUGGUCACGCUCACGCUCUGCAACACUCGCACCCGCACGCCCACUCGUCCGCGUGCACCACGACGACCAGCACGACCGCCGCGGUUGCCGCCAUGAUGGCGAGCACCGGAUACGCCCCUCACGGUAGCGCCGUCGCCAGAGGAAAUUCCUCGCCACCCGGGACCGGCAUGUACGUACCUUAUUGCGCGCCUACGCCCGGCUACAUCAUGGACCACUCCGAUUACAACUCCAGAAAUCACGGGAACGCUGCAGCCGCGGCGGCCGCCGCGGCCGCUGCGGCCGCCCACACCCAGUGGUAUCAGGAAGCCGCUAGUCCCGAUGCUGCCCCCAUUUAUCAGGACACUCAAUCGCCGAGCUGUCAACUUUACAGGCCCCACCAGCGAGGCCUUGAAGAACAUCAGAACGAAUAUGAUCCUGGCCUGGUUUACGUCAAGCAAGAGUGGAUACCAAUGACGGAGGAACUCGCCAAAGAUUGGAACUGAAGGGGAGAUUUAAAUAAUCCUCCUGAAAAGAGUUCGGUAAAAUGAUACUUAUUCCGUCUCGUUAUAAUAUAUUACAUUCUUAUCUUUCCGCGUAGUUCUUUGUAAAAAGCAACCUCUCUCCUCUCGAAAAAUAUGCAUUUUAUCAACGAACAGGUGGUCCGAGAAGAAAAUUCUCGAUCGUUCGAGGAUCAUUUUCACAUAAAUGUAUUUGUAUAUAAGUACCUUUAUUCCACGAUUCGUAUUGAAAUCAUUUUCUUUCGAAAGUAUCGACACGCGGGAUAUGGUAUUCUUAUUCAAAAGCUUAUAAAAGAGAAAGAGAGAGAAAGUGCUUGCGUGGAAGAUUCGGUAGAAGAAAAACGGUGCUCGUAAACUCGGAACUCACCUGAGCAAACAUUCGUCAUUCGGUAGGCACGCUGUCGCUGACCUAGGACAAUUGUUUCAUCGAAAAGGCGUCUUGUUUUUUUCCACAAGCAAAUUCAAUGCAAAGCUUUUUCAGCAACUGUGCAAACGUUCCUUGCAAAAAUUCCCGACCGACGGAGGAAAAAUAUUGGCGUGGCUCUGUUUGCCCUAUGUCUGCUUACUUCCGACAAAAGUUUAAAAAACCUUGUCUCGUUGCAUCGAAUCUUUCUAAUCCGCGGAAAUAUUUCCCAUUCGAUUGAUCGUUGUUUAACUUUCAAUGGAAAGUUAUCAAUAUCGAUUUACUGAUAAUAUAUUAUAAUAGAAUAUCGAUACUUUAUAAAUCUUAUUUCAUAAUAAGGUUUAUUUAAAUUCGA